ACGUUUUUCGUGGCCAACGCGUCGACUUCGGAAUUCCCUCCCUGUCCAUUUGUUUUCUGCAACCGUCAACUUGUAGUUGUUGGUCAUAUUAGUCUCAGUAUUUGUGAAGGCCACGAACACAAUACAAGAUGAGUCGUUGCUUCUAUGGAUUGAGAGAUCACAGCUCCGCUAUAACGGACAAGUGAUUAGAAUGCUGCAGAAAAGGAUUGUAAAAUAAAUUCUUCAAGCCGAGCCAUCCAGCAGUAGACCUAGGGGUAGACCAAGCACGAAAUGGUUGGAUAAUAGUUUCAGUUGGUCACCCUUGGGAAUCCCGUCAGCAAGUCUAAUGACGGCUACUUUUGUUUGAAUCCUACAGAGAUGUCUGUUCUACAAACUUCCCUAGAAAAAUGAGUGGAGAAGACGGAUGGAUUCUCUAAAGAAAAUAACAAAAGAGAAAGAGAGAGAAAGUCUAAUAUUGACAGCAUUUUGAAAAUAAACGGAAAUAAUAUAGACGCAUGCGCACUCGUGGGACCCGGAAGUAUUAGAUUUGUUGUGUGAAUUUCUUUAUGUUCCCAAAUUGAAUUUGAUAUUUAUCAUUGUCAGGAUCAUAUUUACCUAUCCUUAAAAUAAUUGUAUAAAUCAUGGGAGAGUCUCCUAGUUGGGGUUCACCCGCAUUGUUUAACGUCAGUCGUGGAUCGAGCGAUGAUAAGUUUGGAGUUCCAAGUACUGUUAGUGGAGACAGUCCUACAAGCGGAGGAAGCCCUUCAAAAUUACCAUGGGGUUCGCCUUUUUCACCAAAUAACCAGUCAUAUGUUUCGCCACUUUGCUCCUCGAGUCCUAAUCUAUCGUCCACUGAUUCGAGUCGAUCCCUUGGACAUGACAAUCGUAGUGGAAAUCAUUAUUUUCAACAAAGACAUCCUCAUCGAAUAAACUCACCAAUUUCAACCCCUUACAAUUGUCGCAACCCCUUGCUUCCUCCACGUUCUGCUUACCCUCAUUACCAACAAGAUCAAAAUUGUCAUAUUCCUCGAUGUCCUGCAACUAGAAACGACAGAUACUCCCGUCACAGUACUCCUUAUAGUUCUAAAGUCAGUUUUAAUAACAGCAGAUCUUUCAGUGAUGAUAAUAUUGCAAAUUAUUUUAAGCCAUCUAUGCUAGAAGAUCCUUGGAAAAAUUUUAAGUCUUUGAAUGAAAAAGAAAAGGCUGUUUGAUUCUUACCUUUUUGAUUAGUCAAGCAAUUUUUCUUCAUACUCUAACACUGCCAUCAUUAUUCAUCUUAAAGUCUUUCAACAGUUUUCUUAAUGAACAAUAUUGGGUAAUUCUUUGAUAUAUGUUUCUUUGCUUUAGUUGAAAGAAAUCAUCAUUUUACAUAUUUUAAUAAGUCAUACAGACUUCAAAAACAUUCUGUGUCAUUUUACAACUUUUCAUUGUCUCAAAUCCAUUAUAUUAACAGACAUAAAGAAUGAUAUUUUUUGAAUGGCUCAUUGAUUUCAAACAUCACUCCAGUAGGCAGCAUUGCUAAUAUGAGAAGCAGCGACACUUACUGUGCUUGUAUAAAUAUUUUGUUGAUAAUGUUAGGAUAGCUCCAGUUACUGUCAUUUUGUUAUGUUAAAAGAAAUUCCUCUAUUUAAAUUCAGAUAUUAUAGUGACCAGUUUGAUUUAUCUAGCAUGUAGGGAGUGGUUGCUCAACUUGCUAGAAAAAGUAACCAAAUUACACCCUGUGAGCUUAAGAAGGAAGGACACAUUGCAUUAUGUUAAAACAUGCUCCUAAAAAGAGUGGUCCUGGUUAAAUUACUAUUUUUGGCAAUAUCUGAACUUUGCAGAAAUACACAACACUUGCGAGUGGAAGUUGUAUAUCCCAGAAAAAUUCAAGAGGGACUGUUAGGUUAUUUUAUAUAAUAAAGUUUUGUGCAUAUAUUACUAAGUCAAAUUUACAGCAACAGUUGUCUUCUAUUAUUGAAGAGGUAUACAUCAAAAUAUGUCGGUGUUUAUGUGUAAAUGAGUAUGAUACUUUCCCUAUAAACUCUUCACUCUGUUCUUUUUGACACAACAGCUGUUCACUUUCUGUAAGAUACAAAGAUGAGGUGAAUAAAAAAGAACUAUAUCUAAUGACAUAGUAUUGGCUCUCCUUGUAGAAAUAGUGAGAACAUUUACUUGUUUAAAGAUAUAUAUUUAAUUUUCAAGUAUCAUUUAAUUUCUCUGUAUAAUGGCUACUAGAAAAGUAAAAAAGAAAAAUAGAAAACAAGAUAUUCCCUUUUUUUUUCAAAGAACUUAUAUAUUUCUUGUUUUCAGAUUUAUAUAUUCUCUGAAAUUUUAUGUUUUAAUUUACCUAAAUACCCAUUUUAGCAUUUAAGUAUUUUGAGUUUACCAAUUGCAUGUUGGUAAGAUUACAUUAUUGAUGACAUUAAUUUCACAAUUGCUAUUUUUUAUUCACUAAAAUUUAUAGAGAAGUUAAGUUAGUAUUAUGUAUUAUUUUCCUUCUCACAAAGAUACUGAGUGCUGACAAUUUCUUUAUUAAAAAAUUGAAAAAAAUCAAACAGUUUGAUGUAUUUAAUGCAUGUCACUGCCAAAAGGAAAUUGAUUUAAUUUUUGAUAUAUUGUAAAUAAAAAAUUUUUUUAUGAACAUGAAUUAUUUGUUUCUGCAGUUUGUAUAUCUUGGUGAAACCGAAGUAAAUAAAAAGACAUAAUAUUGUAAAUACAUUUAUAAGCAAUAAGUUAUAAAUAAAUCUAUACACUGUGUUA